AUGAAAGAAAUCCUGGUCGUUGGAUUUGGAGGUGUUGGAUCCAUCUAUUCCCUCAUCGCGAAACGUAGUGGACUUGCUCGCGUAACAGCAGUUGCUCGAAGCAACUAUGAUGCUGUCAAUCAAAAUGGAAUGCACUUCAAGAGCUCAAAAUAUGGAGAUAUACCUGGGUGGAGGCCAGAUCGAUUGUGCAAAUCUGUCGGAAGCGCUGCUGAUACGCCUUAUGACUAUGUCAUUUUAACGACGAAAGCUUUACCAGAUAUCAUCAAGACCCCGACAAUCUUGGCGCCUCUUCUCACUGCUCCCUACAUUGAAAAGUAUCCCCAACCAGCGUAUGUCAUCCUACAAAACGGUUUGAACGUUGAGGUGGACCUUUAUCACGCAAUCAAGGCACUUGCGCAAGGCGAACCGAAAAUAAUCGGGACCUCGCUUUACAUUGGGACGAACCUUCUCGCACCCGAUGUAGUUGAGCAUAAUGGUUUUGAUCGCCCGACGCUUGGAAUAUACAGACAUAACGAUUUUACAACUACUACCAAUUCGCCCGAAGAAACUGUGAUUCUUGAGGGUAUUGCUUCCAUACUUGCAAAGGGAGGAAGCACAGUCAGUGUGGUGCCCGAAAUUCAGAGGAAGAAGUUUUCCAAGAACUUCUGGAACGUCGCGUUCUCCUCGCUCACUUCACUGACUGGUUACACACUACCUUCGGUAUUCCGCCCCCCACCAUCUGAUCCUUCCAUCCAGUAUGAACCGUUUGUUGCACCCAAAACUGCACAUCUCAUUAACGAGUUCACGAUUCCUACGCUGAAGGCUAUCAUGGAGGAACUGGUCAGCUUGGCUCGUGCUCUUGGAUUCCCGGACUCAGAAGAUGGCCUCCCUUCUUCGACAGUGGAAAGCAUCCUCAAUAAUACCGCAUCAAUUCACGUCUCACCAGAGAGCACGCACGUACCUAGUAUGCUUCUAGACGUACGGAAAGGACAGCCGAUCGAAGUCGAAGUUAUCCUAGGCGAAGUUGUGCGAAUGGCGAAGGAGCGUGGGGUCUCCGUUCCUCGUGUUGAAACCUUAUACGGACUCCUCCUUGUCGUUCAGAAUCAGAUUAUCAGAACAAUGGCAAGCAAACUUUGA